CACUCCACUAGGAGUGUGGAGCGCUUCUUGGUCUUCAAAGAGAAAGCAGAGAUACUUGCACCCAAAGAAGAGCAGCGUCCACCCCAUGCAGCGCCUCUGCUGCAUGACCAUCCACCCAAGGGCAUCCUCAAGCAGUCUCAUCAGUUGGGAGUCUACUCUUCCGACAGUCUGCGCAAGUCUAAGUCGGCAGAGAUGCUAGCCCAGGCGAGAAGUCAUGGACGCAGCAGGAAGCCCAAAAGUAUGUCCUUGGAUAGGGAGAAGGGCAUACGAGCCUCUCCCACGGGACGUGCUACUUCCACAUCGUCUACAUCUCCCAGCUCUAUGCCACCGGAAUGGAAGAUGCAGCUUCUUGAGGAAAAGAUCAAAUUUUCCCAAUUUCUGGACGAAAUCACCUACCGGGUCCUGAGCCCGGCUAGUCUAAAGAUGCUGCGAGGGAACCUUCCAGAGCCAGCAGUGUCUUCGAAAGGGAGCCAAAUCAAGCAGCACAACAAUCCCCAACAAUAUGAAUCCAAGGACCGUCAUGGCAAAAAGCAAGAGAGGAGCCGACUUUGGGACGAGUGGGCCUCCCAGCAUAGCAGAGCCAGCAGGAAAUCAAGGGAGGCAAGACCCAAGACAUGGCACAUCUCAGAGGACAGUCCAGAGGGAGCGUCAGAAAAGCAACACGUAGAUCCUCAUCGUGAAGGGGCCCGUUCCAAAACCGAAGGCCCAAUUUAUAGCCAGGUGGGGGGCAGUGAUGAUUUCGAAUGGGAUGAUAGGACUCCACGGGGGGUUCAACACCAGCCUCAACCCCACCAGUUACCCCAUAUAGAAAGCAGAGCCGUGCAAAAGGACAAUACAGAUAAAUCAGGGCUGCCAAAGGCUGAGAUUCCCAUCAUUCGUGUGGAGUGUGAGAAAACACCUUUAUCACAAGUGACUCCCUUUUCUAUAUUAUCACAGAUCAAGGAGUCCUUAUCAGAUGCCGACAGAAUCAAGAUCCUGCAGCAGCAAAAUGAAGACCUCCGUCGCCGGCUCUCCCAGACCACUCAUAAGAUGGAGGCGAUGGAGACUGAGUUCGAAACCAGUCGACAUUACAUGCAAGCAGAGUUGGGUCGAACCAGAGACGACCUGGAGAAAAUGAGAGACAAAUUCAGAAGACUGCAGAACAGCUACACGGCAUCUCAGAGAGCUAAUCAAGACCUGGAGGAGAAACUUCACGCCCUGGCUGCCAUCAGUCAAACUCGGGUCUACGCACUCCGUAAAGUGGAAAGAGACAAGAAAACCAUGGAUCAAGAGAUAGUGGAGCUCACAAAUAAACUUGUGGAUGCCAAAAACACUAUCGACAAGCUGGAGGAACUGAAUGAACGGUAUCGGCAAGAUUGCAAUUUGGCUGUGCAGCUGUUGAAGUGCAAUAAAUCGCAUUUCAGGAAUCACAAGUUUGCUGAUUUGCCAUAUGAGCUACAGGACAUGGUGAACAAGCACAUGAAGAGUAGCUUGCCUAACAAGACUCAGGGCUCUCAGGGAGCUCAAGCCCAGGAUCCUGACACUCUAAGCCUGACUCCCGCAGACGUAGUGCCCACUUCAGUGAUCGCUCGUGUUCUUGAGAAGCCGGAGCCCCUGGUGCUCAACUCAGCCCAGUCUAGCAGCAGUGCAGGUCGGCCAGUGGCUGAAGAUGUGUUCGUACACGUGGACAUGACAGGACCCCAAGACAACAGUGGAGGGCGUGAAAACGGGGGUCCUGUUCAUGCCAGGCCUCCUGUGGGAGCUGGUUCUGAUCAGCAGCAUGUAAAUGGCAUGUGUCGAAGCCAGGGCAGCCUGGAUGGUCCAACAGGAGAAGAUGGGGCAGCCCCUUCUUUUGAGAAGUUGAAUCCUUACCCAGCACCUCCACCACCAAACCCGCUGUACCCUGGUCGCAAAGUGAUCGAGUUCUCCUCCGAUGACAAAGUCAAGAUUCCCAAGAACAGUCCACUGCCCAAUUGCACCUACGCUACUCGUCAGGCCAUUUCUCUUAGUCUUGUGCAGAGCGAAGAGGAGGCAGCCGAGCGCCAGCGCACCGUGCCCAAUAGCCCUGCUGUGUCUGAUGGGGGUUGGCGGUCUGGUACCUCCUCAUCUUCUGGUGGAGGGCAUGCUUCUCACCAGCACACACCUCCACAGAUGGAUGCUACGGACACCCUCUCCAGUCAUUCAAGUCCCUUUAGCAGCCCCCCUCAGCCUCCGAGCGCCUUUGCAAGCUCUGGUAGCUCAGAGGAGGACCUACUGACCAACUGGCAGCGCAUGUUUGUAGAAAAAAUUGCACCAUCCAUAGAAGGCUCCCUCGUCAACCGCACGUCCUUCAGCAGUGAGAUGGUGAAAGAUCUCCAAAGAAGUCACAACAGAAAAUCAGGAGUAGGGGCUUUGAGAGGUGCUUACUCUGAUGGCGAGGAGGGAUCCUCAGCCCAGAGCUGGACAGCAAGUAGAGAGUCCAGUUUGGAUACAGACACCAGCAGCGUGGCAGACCUCCGGGCAAAAAAGACUCAAUACGGUGGUGACUUUUCCCAGGAAGAGGGUGAACACCUACUGAUGGCCCUUGAUCCACUUGACAAUGAUGGUGCUAGUGGUGACACCAUGGUCACCAUUGAGAGCAGUCCAGCCUCUGCUAAGCGUCAAGAGUUUGCUGAAGAUGCUGGAUCUGCAGGAAGUUCAGCUGAGGAGCGAGAUAGCCUGCCCCAGGACUUUCCUGUCAUCGGCUCAAGAGUCCUAGCUGCCCUUGAGGAUUAUGCAGACAAGCCCCCUCAGACUGGCUCCUCACGACCUCUGAAGAGCCCCAAGAGAAUGGGGGUUCAUCACUUGCACCGCAAAGACAGCCUUACCAGAGCUCAAGAGCAUGGGAACUUGCUGGACUGAGACUUCCAGGCUUACUCUUCUCUUUUUUUUUACCUUGAGUGCUCUUCGUCUUACUAGCAAUCUCUAGGCAUAGCAGCAUACGACAAGCGGAAGGGAUCGGAUCAGCGUUGCUGUAGUUAUCCCUGAUCAUGCUGCUGUUGCUGAGGCAUCAUUGUAACUCUUCUGUCCUCUCUCUGAAGCUUGGAGCUCUUUUAUCUGUGGAACCUUAUGGUAUUGAUGGCAUCCGUGGUGAAGUACUUCAGUCAGUCCGGCUUUCCGUGGACGGUGCUUCAGGGAUCGUACAAGAAUGUCAUAAAAGACAUUCCUAGUCCAAGACUUGAUUCUGUUUGAUGUGACACGAUCGAGUGGGCAACAGUAGGACAUAGCCAUACAAUUACACUUCUGUAAGAGAAAGAGUUCAAGAUUGAGCAGCAUUAGGAAGGAUCCCUGUGGCACUCUACGGACAUGGAACAUCUCACAUAAUGGGUGUUUUGACAUUUGCUUUUGCCCUGGGGUGAGAGUUUUCUACCCAGAUAAUGAUAUCUAUCCAGUAUCCCAGUGCAAGUCCUUUGUUACGGGAGAUUGGGAUGGCACCAAAUGGCCACAGCUUCACAGAUACCACUGUGUCAGGCAUUCUGCUGGCUGAAGCAGAUUAAAUGUAAUCUAUGGGACUCUCUUGUCAAUUUCCAGUGCCUAACCCUUGCUCUGACAGAGGGGGCUCUCCAUCACCCUUUAAAAGAACAUCUUGUUCCUUUAGCCUGCUUUUAGUCAUCAUAAACUGAGAGGAUCCUUCACCUCCAAUUUUCAGUUACCUCUCUUCAUUGAUCUACCACUGUAUUUCAACACCCAAGCUAUAGACAGCUUUUGUACUUUAAUAAUUUGAUUUUGAUGUAUUCGGUAUAUGUUUUAAUGAUCAAGUAUACUUCCUGAUUUUCAUUCUCAUCUGUUUUGUUUGACUAAUUAGUAUUUAAAACCGAUUAUGAUUUUAAGUAAAUAUAUAGAGUUUUUUGUGUAUUUAUUUGUCUUUUGCUGGUCUAAAGUGUCCCAUUACUUCCCUCAAAGCAGUUGAGCAAUUGCAGAAGUGUGUAUAAGUGAAUAGGUUACUAAAUCCUGUCAUGAAAUGAGAAGGUAUACAAUCCCUUUUACACAUUAGUUGUUACACUGUAAUACAAUAGAAAUCCAACCUAAAUAGUGCUGUUUGGCAUUUUAAAUAUUUAAUCAAAUUUUUUUUUUCAAAGGUCAGUAUUUAAAGAGUAAAAAAACCUCUACAAGUAAGGCUGAAACGUUAAAAUGUGUCAUUGGUAUUUCAUGUCCUCCAAUUCAGAGAUGUAUUAAUGUGACCCUUUGCUGCUGACGGCACAAAUUGUCUUUCAGAGGGCAUAUUAAUAUUUCAAAACUAUGCAUAUAGUACUGUGUAAAAACACCACAAAAACCUAGCAAAGCUUUCUCUCUGUUAUGAUGACAUUACUGACUUCUAAAUAAAAAACAAUGAGCUAAAAAGCUGAAAUUUCAGCCAGAAACAUGCCUUUGUUAGAGUGGCACUGACAAGAACACAUUAUUUAGAUGAUUUUUGUUUGUUUGUUCUUUUUAAACCCUGAUUUCAAGAAAAGCCAUGUUUUGAUCUUAACGAAUGUAAUCAUCUUUAUGUAGCAUCCGUUUUCAUUGGUUCCUCAUUCUUUAGCUGAUGCUAAUGCUGUAUGUAUUUUAAGGGGACUGUGCAUCCCGCCAUCAUUUGGUGUGUUUUUCUGUGUGUAUUUUUGUGUGUAAAUCUGAUUCCUCAUGAUUAUGGAUGAUCAAUCUGUCCAGCAGAUACUUUCUACAAGUUGUUGUUUUUUCUGUGCUGAGUGUUCCCAUCAUAAAUUUCAGUCGUUUCAUUUCAAGCCUUGUUCAAAUAGCAUUUUAACAUUUAUCAGCUUUUCUCAAACAAUACGUUUCAGAUGCAACGACUACAAGCAUCCACAUUCUUUUGUUUUGAUAAAUAUAUUUUAGAGACAAUUCAACUCUGUGUUGCCUUUUUAAGUGCUUGCGUUGUGCUUUUUAUUUGCAGUAAGUUUUAGUCUGUUGACCAGUCAUUAUCCAGAUGUCCCACCCUGGGUCAAGUACUUCAUGCAGUAGUGUACUUUAAAAAUUGGUGGGUUUUUUUGUAUCUGGACAGCAUACUCUCCACC